AUGCCAUCGUACAAGUUGACAUAUUUCCCAUCUCGUGGCCUUGCCGAGGUUUCUCGACAACUUUUCGUUCUGGCCGGAGUCGAAUUCGAGGACGAGAAACUCGACUUCGAUCAAUUUUCGAAGCAGAAGCCGACUCUUCCGUUCGGUCAGGUUCCUGUGCUAACAAUCGACGGUCUCACAGAGAUUCCGCAAUCCGUUGCUAUUGCGAGAUAUCUUGCUAGAAAAUUUGGAUACGCUGGAAAAACUCCAGAGGAAGAAGCUUGGGUGGACGCAUUGGCCGACCAAUUCAAGGAUUUCUAUGCGGAAAUUCGCACUUAUUUCUAUUCAAAACUUGGGUUUUUGCCAAAUGAUAUUGAAGAAGAACUAACGAAGACGCUGAUCCCAGCACGAGACAAAUAUCUCGGAGUUCUCGAAAAGGUGCUGAAGAACAGCAAAUCGGGAUUCCUUGUUGGGAACGAUAUCACAUAUGCGGAUCUAAUGAUUGUUGAUAAUAUGACGACUUUGAUUGGUUGGUAUCCGGAAUUCACUGAAGGCUUUCCGCUGGUUCAACAGCAUCGCAAUCGCGUGACCAACUAUCCUAAGCUUAAAGAAUAUCUUGAGACCAGACCAGUUACUAAUACCUGA